AUGAUUCUGUGUCAAUUUGGUGGGCACCCGGCAAAUUACCUCUUCAUGCUGCUUUUCAACUGGAUCUGCAUAGUUAUUGUCGCCCUCUUCUUAGAUCUCAUGCUGCUCAUGGACCCCUUGGUGCUGAGUGUCCUCUACGUCUGGUGUCAGCUCCACGAGAACGUCAUCGUCAACUUCGGGUUUGGCACUCAAUUCAGGGCCAUCUACAUUCCUUGGGUCCUGCUUGUGUUUAACAUGGUGAUCAGUGGUGGGGGCCUGUAUGAGCUCAUCGGCAUCAUGGUGGGGCACCUCGCAUUUCUCCUGUUCACGUAACUGCAACUCUUCGUGCUACAGAUGUCGCGCUAUGCGCAUGUGAAGGGAUUGCUUAUGUGACUGAAA